AUGACAAGCAAAAAUAUUUCACCAACAAAUAUUGCUAAAUCACUUGGCAUUUCUGUUUCAACCAUUUCUGGGUGGAAAAAUGAUGAAAAGUUGUUAAGUUUGCAAAGGGACCAAAUUCAUGCUAUUCGAGCCAACAAGGUAAAACGUCUACGUCAACUUGACAAUUCACUUGUUGAUGAAGCAACAUGGAUGUGGUUUAAAGAUCAGAGAAAGUCAGGUUCACCUAUAACUGGUCCCAUUAUCCAAGCUCAAGCAAUUUUUUUUUUUUGGCAACAUCUGGAAACGUCUAAAAAAUUUGAAGCAAGUACUGGUUGGUUAGACAAAUGGAAAAAACGUCAUCAAAUAAGAAACGUCACUUUGUGUGGUGAAAAAAAAUCUGCUGAUUAUGAUGCUGCCACUGAGUAUCCUAAAGAAGAAGUUGAUACAUCUACUUUUAAAGUACAAAAAGAGCGUAUCACAGCUAUGGCAUGUAGCAAUGCUUGUGCAAUAAUAAAACUACCACUCGUUGUAAUUGGAAAAUUCGCUAAGCCACGAGCAAUAAAAAAUUUACAAUAUCUUCCACUCAGCUACAAAAGCCAGAAAAGUGCCUGGAUGUCUCGUGAUAUAUUUUCAAGUUUGUUUUUUGAUGAAUUCGUGCCAUUUGUAGCCAAGAAACUUGAAGAAAAAAAUUUACCAGCUAAAGCUAUCUUGUUUGCUGAUAAUUGCAGUGCACAUGGUGAUAGUCUAAAAAGUGGUGAUAUUGAGGUAGUUUUUUUGCCACCAAACACUACGUCUAUCUUACAAUCAAAGGUUGCUUGCAAAAUUUGA